AUGGACUUCCCCGGAGAUGCCACUACAAACUUCUGCGCCAUUACCGGGUUCUCUGUCAUAUAUUGGAGAAUAUACACCGAGGAAGCAACAACUGGCAACCCGGAAAUUACUCCAAACAGUGGCUACAACAUUCUCCGCCACUUGAGUAGACUAAAAGAUCUAGAGAUUCAAUUACGAAAUUCUGACUGCUUGGUUUCAUGCUAUCCCCGAAGGCUUGGUCUAUGGAUCUUCUCGCCGACCCCAGGUUUCGAGAGCCUCAGCCCACUCACACGAGACCCCGCAGCACCAGGGUUGAAGGAGUCCACAAAAUUAAACAUCGGAACAUCGACACUCAAAGUCUCCGCAUUUGGCAGCAUCACAGCUGUAGACCUCAUCAGAUCUCUUUCGACAGAUGGAUUCACAUCGGUUGCAGGGGCUCCUGGCCAGACAACCAGACCACCAGGCGCAAGCGUCAAUGCCCCUCGGUCCGGUGAUGCCUACGCAAAUUCCAUGGCAAUUUAUGCAUCUUUUAUCACGGCGAUGGCAGGGGCCAUCGGCUUGCAACUAGUCAAGCGUCACAAUGCUAUUCCACUAGGCGCUCGGACUUUUUAUACGGCAGUAGAACGGAGCUUCUAUGAUAACCCCGCCAUCAGUGAUGAUGAUGUGGACUCAAUACCGGCUCUGACUACUCUAAAAAUUGAGCUUACCCAAACUGGAAAGAUUGUAGUGGCCCUGCAUACUGUUCAUCAGGAUGGAAUAUCACGCCUCAAAGAGCCUGGUACUACCGAAAUUAACACAGUCAAUAUCCAGAAUAAUAUGGAUGUCUGGCUUGCUCCUAACGGAACAGUUGCUCGAUUGAUAACUGUAAACACGGCGCAGUCGGCAGUCUUUGCUCCCAAGCAAGCAAAGAGCGAAGGUGCCGCUCGUCAGAUAACGGAAGCCAAACAACGAGUUUGGAAAGCAACCGUCCUCGAAUGGUUAAACAACGUUGGACUGCCAGUAGAUCAUCCCGAAGAUGAGCAUUGGAUUGAAGUGGAGGUGUCAGAGCCGUUUUAUGCCCGACUUGCAGCCGAGCACUUGCGUCAGAUGGAUGACAGUCAAUCGUCGUCUCCUUUGAAAAGGAUCCUUUGGCCGUCUAGGUACUGUUUCAGAAGGACCAAAAUUGUUUCCAGCAACAUUACCGAAAAAUCAUCUCAGCUAGCAUAUGACAGCGAAGAACCAUUGCAUUUUGCAGAGACUUGGUUAGAGACGGCUACCGCACGGCAUGAAAAACCCAAAGGUGAUCCUUCCAACAUACAAGAAACAAGUCAGAUAGAAAGUGUUGCUGGCACUGUUAGAUUCGAAGUUCCUGAGAAGAUUGAGAGUCUCGCUCGCGUGAUUCACUAUCCAGAUCUGCAAAACGCGAGCUCUGUUUAUCCCACGCCUCCGGAUGGGGCUUUAGCGCCAGGCAUCAACCAAAUCAAUUCUGAUGCUCUUGGGCCUGACGCUCAAGAUUUAGGUUUGUCUCAUACCCCGGCUGGAGAAACUCCCAUGAAACAGCAGGAGAAUGUUCGCAAAACCUCAAGUGACAAUCCUUCGUUCGAGCACAUGAAUGCGAUGGAGGUCGGAACCGGUCUAUAUGACACAAAUGAUGAUGAUGAAUUGUUCAGCGGGAUGAACGACAAAGACUUCGGAAGUAAGGGGAUAACGGAUGCUGAUUUUAGUUUUUUCGAUGAUGACGAUGAUGAAAUGAACGAUUUUCUGAAUGAUAAGCCAGACACUGGAACUGCUCAUGAGGAUAUACCACAAUCCAUUCCCGGUGAAUCAAAUGAAUUUCCGAUUGCUCAAGCAGAGAUCGAAGAAUCCCAAGCACCGGACGAAAGUGUCUCUGAGCAGGACGAGAUGCAACAGUCAAUUGAUGUCGAGGCAUCUUCCUUGUCUCAGAUUCCUGUCAAGCAGUCAAGUACCACACCUCCCAAUAUCGCCUCACAUGAAGCGACACCAGUUCCUCUAGAAAAUGUCAUAAGCGCGCCUCUCAGUCCAACCGAUAUCAAGCAAAUGCUAUUUUCAAAAAGGGAUGCAAGACCACAAGACGGAGAAAGACGAACCUCAGCCUCAUCAAAUGCGGGUUUCGAACGGAAACAGAGUCGGUAUAAUGCCGUCUCUUUCAAACGAGGUCUAGGCCUAGACCAGAAGUAUGCCAAUGCCGGGCGCUUCUUUUUCACAGUGAACAAAGACGGUAAUGAGAAUAUAAAUAAAUCACCUGGAAUCCCGACUAUUGGAUUCCCUGGUUUGCGAAAAUUGGGGCUUCGACCUUCUGUCGAUGAUGUUAAUACGCCGCGCCAAAUAAGUUCUGAACAAUCUAUACAACGGACUGACUCGGCAUCUAGCGAUGAAAGUUGUCUGGAUAGCAGCGAUGACGAUUCUGAAGAUGAGACUUCACCUUUCAGAUUAGCAACCCUGAAGCGAAAACGGCCGCUCUCUGAGGCGGAAAAAUCCACGACAUCGUCCAUGGAAAAGCUCUCGAUUACGUCCGAGGUGGAGAGCCAUGUUUCAAAAGAAGAUACUUCAAUAUUCUUAGGAAAUUUCUUUUCAGUAUUCACUGACUGGUCUCUGGUCGGAUACUUCUCAGCCAAGCAGUGCCAGGUGUCUCCGGUUACAAGUCGCAAAGAAGAUCAGAUGCAAAUCGCACAAUUGAUGGUCGAUCAACUUACUCAAUCGUCAUUGUCUCACAGAAUCGAAGGCUGGGAAUCGGAUCCAAGUCUCGAUUACGAGACCUUUGGCCUGCAUACUUUUCUUGACGAUAGUAUGAGCUUAGGCGAAAACGAGAGAUUGGAUUUGAAGUCGUACGUUACUAUACAUGACAGUGUACAAUCUACUGCAGAGACACCAUCGGCACGACCAAAUCCGCCACGUCGAGAAGUCAAAGGGUCGAUUACGAAAAUCGCGCCCUCGCAUCUGCGUAUCCACCGUGGACGAGAUUACUUAGAAGUUUUAUCGACAUCAAUGCCAUUCUGGGAGACUUUUGGAUUGGAGCCUGCAAGUGGGCGGAAGGACGUCUCUGCGUAUUGCAUCUGCCCUGAACUUGCCAAACAAGAGACGGAUGCUUUCAUGACUCGCUUGGGACUGCUCUACUCUGGCUGCAAUCUGGGCAAGCAUAUCAGAGGUGACAUAAUUGAGAAAUUCAAAAAUGGUAUAGGGCUAUGGAAUAUUGCCAAAGGUGAUGGCUCCUAUGCGCGAACGAUGCAGACAUUGCGUAGUCUCUGCGAAGAUUUAGCGUCCGCAUUAUCAAAAGCGCCCCAAACAGGGGAGAAUUUCGUCAUCUAUAUGAUCAACCCGUUCUCUCAUGGAGGAGCAUUUGUGGAUAUAUGCUCAAAUUUCCUCCAUCUCUUUCACAAAUACGUGGGUGAGGUUGACAAAAAUCAAGACAAAGGUCAGCUGAACGAGCUCGUCUUGCAAAUUGUGCCCCUGAAUUUCGUAUUCUCGCCAACGUCUAUGGUUGUUCCUCCUCAACCGCAAUAUUUGAGUUUAGCGCUCGAAGUCUACAGUCGAUGUCCCCCCAAGGAUGCCAGCUUUGGCAUUAUAGGCUACGCACCGCCAGUAGUGCUGGCAGAUACAGUUCCCAAAGCGAUCAAUUUCAGAAGCACAUCGGAAAACUUUUCACCUUUUCAAGAGGGCCGAUGUUUACAUGUCGCCAUCUCGCGCAGCGUCGACCAGCGUUGGAUUAGCGUGGCAUGGACCAAUAAUUCAGGGUCGUGUCAGAUUGCCAUGUCAUACUGUGUGCGAGCUCGGGGUUCGAAUGUCAACCGCAUCAUUUCGGAAGUGCGUCAAGAGAUUUGGGAAGCUACUAAAGAUCUGAUGGAGCGAACGCAAACCAGAUGGAAGGUGUUGUUGGUCAGGACGGAGCCGAUCGACCAGGAAGAAAUUGACGCAUGGACAGGUUUUGCUGAACGGUAUAACCAAGCAAAGGCUCUGCCUGUUGAGCUUACUCUUUUCAGCGUCAAUAUUGCACCUGGUCUCCGUCUAGAGCCCUCGACGACACAAUUCUCAGUCAACACAAUCAAUCCAUUCGUAUCGACACCAGUGGCAACUCCGUAUGGCGGAGUCUCGUCACCGGAUCAACUUGGGGCUGCGACUCCGGCCAGCGGCGGCCAAGGCCCAACCACCAUGACCUAUAGUACUGCAAUAACACCAACAGACACACCACCUGUGCUUGUCGAAGCAGACUCUGAUGCGGUCCUUAUUGAUGCAUGCGAUGAAUCCUGGGCAGUCGUCCUAUCUCACCGACUAAGCAACUCUGCGUACCUAACAGAGUACAAACCAGCCCUAGUUAGCGGCUAUCUACUUCGAAGAAAAGGCGUUAAUGACAGCCAGGGUGUUUCAGCCAUGUCAUUAAACCUGGUAUAUACAUCACGACCCCCGGCUCUGCAUGAAGCUGUACUGAGAGAAGCACUUAUUAACUACCGUGACCUGGCGACAUUGGCUCSUGCCAAAGGCACGUUGCAUGUACAGCAUAAUACUUUACCCUGGCAUAUUGCCACGGCUGUGAAGGGGCAGGAGUUAUUGAGUUUUGUUCUAUAG